AUUGGCUUCUUCUCGGGUCGCCCUGCUUGGCCCCGUCAUCCACCCGACCGCCCACCCGACCAACUGGCCAGCCCAGCCAAGCAAGGCCAGCAGACCAGCACAGCCAACCAGCCAACCAGCCAACUCACACACCUACUCACCUACCCAAGUCAGUAAUAAAUACAUCGUAGCCAACGGCCGAUACCCGCCCAACGUCUGGCGUCCGCGCGCUUGCGAUAAGAAAUCCCCUAUUAGCCGUCGACUUUUUUUGUCGACAGUCAUAAGCCGUCACACGUCUUGCUCCCCUUUUUUCUGAAGGAGUAACCCAUUUCACCAAAAUGGUUGUCGCUACGAUUAAGUGCGUUGUCGUCGGAGACGGUGCUGUUGGCAAGACCUGCCUUCUCAUCAGCUAUACGACGAAUAAGUUUCCCUCGGAAUAUGUUCCUACAGUCUUCGACAAUUAUGCCGUCACUGUUAUGAUCGGUGACGAACCAUAUACUCUGGGACUAUUUGAUACUGCAGGUCAAGAGGAUUACGAUCGUCUCCGACCCCUUUCUUAUCCUCAAACCGAUGUAUUUCUCGUAUGCUUCAGUGUCACAUCCCCAGCCUCAUUUGAGAACGUUCGCGAGAAGUGGUUCCCUGAGGUCCACCACCAUUGCCCCGGUGUUCCUUGCCUCAUUGUUGGCACACAGACGGAUUUACGGGAUGAUCCUAGCGUGCGGGAGAAGCUAGCGAAGCAGAAGAUGCAACCUGUGCGGAAAGAGGAUGGAGAGCGGAUGGCCAAAGAGCUCGGUGCCGUCAAGUACGUGGAAUGCAGUGCGUUGACGCAGUACAAGUUGAAGGAUGUAUUUGAUGAAGCGAUUGUUGCUGCUCUAGAACCCCCUGCCCCCAAGAAGAAAAGUCGGCAUUGCCGCAUCCUCUAGAUUAUCUAUCGGGAGUAGGAUUAAACGAAAGCGCCUUGUGUUUUGGGGGCAUCUUGCUGAUAUGUGAGCGGUGAUUUGCCGCCGUUUCUGCAUUUCCAUGUGAUUUGCUCCACGGCGAUUCAGGGCAGCCGCGAUAUCAGCAUCA